AAAAAACUUGGCGGCCCAGAAAUGCCAUACGUCUCAUAGAGUUGUCUGACAACGAGGGGAUCAGUUGAGAAAUGAUGAUGGAGGGGCUGACGGUUGACGGCAGGAAUUUGAAAUGUCAGGUGAUCUGUUUCAAGCUGUCAAUGACCAUCAUUUUGUCUUCCGCCAUCCUCCCGGAGAUAUAUAGACUUAAUUGAGAGAUGGGUCCCUUUGGCCUUGUACUCCUCCUUAUUUUCCCAACCAUUUUGAUUCCAUGCCUUCACGGUGUUUUGUCUGUCGACUGAGACGAAAGGGAUGUGUCCAAGACCCAAACCUUGACUCCUGUGAGGCAUGUCAACGCAUGCACAUUGAGUGUAUGGGUUGCACAAUGAAGAUUCCCAAUGUGAUCAGAACAUCGACCAGAGCUCGGGAGUGUCUGGAGGAGAUCAGGAUUUUAGCUUCCAGCGAUCCUCGGCGUGUUGAGACCGCACUCCUUCCCAAGACACGACAAUUUCUUUCAUAUUUGAAAUGGGAGCAAUCGAGCCUCCGAGAUGCAGCAACUCAGCCUGAAGCUGACCCGAAAAUCCUGACAAUGGCCACUAUCAUUCCCCCCGCAGCUGACCUGCCAAAUACAACCCACGGACGGGGAAAUCAAGUGGAUGCUAUUUUAGCUUACGAGAUGUCCGUUGAAGUUCCGCCAACAAACGAUCUCGGAGGCGUGCCAGUUAUUAAUGAGGCGCCUCCUGCGGCCCCACCCUCUAUGCUGGGAUCAUCUGGAUCUGUCAGAACUGUUGAAGAAGCACUCCUGCUGCAUGUCGGCACCCCUUAUCCCGCCCAUAUUCCCACUUCUGGGACAAGCUUCUCCAUUGGCAGGACCAUUUUCCCUAACUUAGCGCCCGCCUUCCAUUCAGCGGCUCCCGACCAUGAAGUGGUAUCCUACAGCGAGAAUUGGAAUCCUACGGUGCCAGACAACUCACAUAGCGCCGUUGACUAUGGAGAUGCGGGACCUAUUACCCACUUCAAUGUCGCUUCGCAUGAAACUCGCGAUGGAAUCUCGGGAAAUGGUACAAAUUGGGACGGAGGUGCUGUGAGUUUGCUUAGAGAUCUGGCUUGGGAUAUGGGAUAUUGCCUCAUCCCUCGGGGAGCCAGCAUCUCCGAUGGUGGCAAUCUUGCAUCGGAGUUCCAUUUGGUGGUUUGAGCCCGAUUCUAUCCUGUGUCAUCAAAGUUAAUGGCUUCAGUGUUUGGAUAUUCUACGCUACGUCCAAUCUAAUCUCACGCAUUUUUGGCUUUCGUGCUUGUGUUAGUUAGUCUCAAGGCGAUCGGGAGGCCUAUUGGCUAGCAUCG